AUGUCACAGGUACAAGUGGCACUGUGCGCCGCUGUGUGCCUGUGCUUGCUGCCAGGGGGCACUGCUCAGCCAACUGCAUGUCGUCUGGAUGCAAAUUGCCCAGUCGGAUUCUACUGUGAACCUGAUCUACUAUUCUGUCGCGAGUGCUUGCGCUGUGAAGACCUCAAGCGCAAGCCCCCACCAUCACUAACUUCAUGCAUAAAGUCCGUAGCGGAGUGUGGCCCCUGUGAUAAAGGGUUGGUGGAAGACCAUCGUGGCGAUGUAAACGCUCAGUGCUUGCCCAAAAGCGAGAGAGACGUUGGUGAUGGAUUCCCUUUGUACGGUUGGGUGCUGGUUGCUGUGCUGUGCGUGCUUGUGCUCGUGUUGAUUGGUGGUAUCCUGUGGUAUGUGCUCAAGCACCCAGAUACCUUAAAAAUUCUCGCGUCCACAAGUACAUCAAUGCAGUCGCGUUGCGAGCGAAGUGUGGUCCCCGCGACUGCGCCGGAGCAUCCGCCGCCGUAUAACGCGCUGUACACCGCAGUGCAACCAUCGCCCCCGUCGCCACCCCUGCCACACUCGCCGCUGCCUCCUGCCGCUUCCACUCUUGCCAAUAGCGAAACUGACUACCAACCGCACGAUGAAGAGUCGUCGCUGCCGUUCAUCAAGCGCGCGGCGUCGGGGCGCACGUGGGAGGCGCGCGAGUCGCGCGAGUCGGCCGGCCGCCAGGCGGCGCGCGUUUUUAACAACCCGGCCUACGUGCGCGGUGCGCAGCCGCCGCCCGGUUACGACACGGCCGUAAUGAAAAGUGUGAAGGAUCCAGAGGUGACAGAUCAAGAUGAGGACACCAUGGAGAGCACGUGGACGCCUUCGGAAAACACCGACCAAAACGACAACUCUAAUGGCGCGGCGGCGGGCAGCGAUGGGGAGGGAUCGCAGCUGCCGGCGCUGCUGGCAGCCGCGCGUGGCACUGCGCUCGUGCGCUCGCACUACGACCUCACGCGGCAGGAUCCGAACAACAAUGGCAGCCGCAGCAAUGGGGAACCGUCCUUUGUAUGCGGGGAAGGUGGUAGUGGUUCCAACAAUGCGCCUGGCGGUUCUUCGUUCAUCAUCAAUGUGGUACAAACUAUCAACACGGUUAAACAGCGAGGAGACAUUGGCCACUGA